AUGAACUUAGAUCGAGAAAGCCAAAUUGUUAUUAUUGGGGACUCAAUAAUCAAACAUAUAAUACCGAAAAAGAUAUCGAGUAGGAAUGUUACGAAAAUAACCUUUCCGGGCAAAACAGCUGAUGAAAUAUCGAACCAAUUAGACCAAAUCAAGUUAAAAUCAACACAGUUCCACAUUAUAAUUCAUGCUGGAACAAACAAUCUGCCUGUUGACACAGCAGAAACCUGUGCUAAGAAAGUUGGGCAAUUAGCUUCUAACUUAAAAACUAAAUUUCCAACAUCAAGAUUGGAAUAUCAA